AUGGAGCCUGGAUCCACCUAUCCGGCCAACUUUGAGUCCCUAAGGGCUUUCUUUGAAGUGGUGGGAAACGAAAGAUACUUUAAGAUCCAGAUUGUGACUCUGGAGUCUCUUGACACAUUUGAAGCGGCUUUAAGGGAGAGAAAGGUGGUAUAUAAAAAGUGCUUUAGCUCUAUGAUCGAAGAGUCAGAAGAUCUUGUUCUCAUACUUGAAGACUCAAAGAUAUAUCUUCCUAGCCCAGGGAAAUAUGUUCUGUUUGGUAACAGACGACAUAGAGACUUUGUUCAGAUUGUAUUCAGUCCAACGCUGGAAGAGAAGCUUGCUGCAGUUGGGGACAAAUAUACGGUCCAAGCAUAUAGUUAUAAAAACAUUAAUGAGCUUCGGAGGAUUUCCCAAGGGGAAGAAUGGACGAUAGAAAGUUAUUUUGGGAGUGGACUCGAUUACUUUGAAAGUGUAAUAAUGCUUGUUGUAAAGAACAGAAAUAAGUUUAAGGAUAUCUUGAGUGGUUGCAAAGAAAUCGAAAGUAAAUUAGGAAACGGCUUUUUCCUACAGAUGAAGCUUAAUGGGCUUGUUGGUAAACUUCUUGUGGUCAGGAAUGGAGACAGCUAUCGGCUGAACGUAAGCAAAAGUGUUCUUGGAUCCAUAGGAAAGAGAAUAGGAUUUAAUGCGGAUUCUAUUGCUUGA